UAAAAAUUUGUGGUCAACUCUUGAAUGACUUAAAUUUCAAAAAAUUGUAAAUGCGAUUUUUCAAAGCCCGAUAUGGAGAGGUAUAAAUAGCAAAUGAAAUUUCAGAAUUGACUAUCUUCAAUUGAUAAAAGAAAUAUUUACAGCUUACAUAUGAGUUUAGCAACAGUCUGUGUGGCAGCAUGCCACUUAUCUCCAGUUACUAUGAAUAAAAACGCUACCAUGAAGAAAGUUAUUGAUAGUAUUUAUGAAGCGGCAGGCCUGGGUGCAAAUUUAAUUGUAUUCCCGGAAACUUACGUUUCCGCUUUCCCACUUUGGGGAGCUUGUAAGGCACCAAUUGAUAAUCAUCAUUUAUUCAAAAGAUUAGUUGAAAGUUCUAUUUAUGUUGAUGGUCCUGAGAUUUUGAAUAUACAAGCAUUAUGCAAGAAAUUAGAAGUUGUAGUUUUAUUGGGAUUCAAUGAAAGAUCAAGAGUCAGUGUCGGAUGUCUUUGGAAUUCUUAUGUAUUGGUUGACGAGAAUGGAAAUAUUGGUGCCCAUCAUAGAAAGCUCGUACCUACUUUCUUUGAAAAGCUUUCAUGGGCGAAUGGUGAUGGAUCUGGUCUAACUGUUAUUGAUUCAAAAUAUGGAAAGAUUGGUGCGUUAAUUUGUGGAGAGAAUACAAAUUCAUUAGCAAGGUUUACAUUAUUAAGCCAAGGUGAACAGAUUCAUAUUUCUAUUUGGCCACCCGCAGCAGAUAUGCAUCGUCCUUCUACUUCUAAAAAGAGUUUUGAUAAUUCGAUUGCUAAUAAAAUUAGAUGUGGAAUUCAAUGUAUUGAAGGGAAAUGUUUUGGAAUACUUUGUUCUUCAUUUGUUGAUGAAGCUAUGUUAAAAUUCUUAAUUGAUGAUGAUCCAAGUAAUGAAGAAUUCUAUCGGAAUAUGUCACAAGGAAGCACAUGUUUUCUUGAUCCAAGCGGUAAUGAAAUUGGUGAUAAUCUAAGAUUUAAGGAAGGAAUUGCUUAUGCAGAAUUCAAUUUGAAUGAUACCAUUGAACCAAAACAAUUUCAUGAUUUAGUUGGAGGAUAUAAUAGAUUUGAUGUUUUUAAAUUACAUGUUAAUCGAUCUCCAAAUGUUCCAGUUUACUUUGAUGAAGAAGAAUCAUUUACACAAUAGGGAGAAAAAGUUUUGACAUACUUAAAAGAUUAUU